AUGGCUUCCUCCUCUCUUUGGGUCUAUGUAUUUCUUAUUUACCACAAAACCCUCCUGGGGCACACAUGGCUUGUUAACAAUUUGCUCAUGACCGGACCAAAAGCUUAUUUAAGCUACACGAGUAGUGUUCUUGCCGGAGCUCAAAACGGAAUGCAUGAGUGCAAGCAUCAGUUUGCGUGGGACAGGUGGAAUUGCCCCGAGAGCACGUUUCACUUCUCAACUCACAGACGACUCCGAAGUGCUACGAGAGAGACCUCGUUUGUCCACGCAAUAAGCGCAGCUGGGGUCAUGUAUACCUUAACCAGAAAUUGCAGCCUUGGGGAUCUGGACAACUGCGGAUGUGACAACUCAAGAAAUGGCAACAUUGGGGGUCGUGGCUGGCUUUGGGGAGGAUGUAGCGACAAUGUGGACUUCGGCGAAAGGAUCUCCAAACAAUAUGUGGACGCAUUCGAGACUGGACAGGACGCCCGUGCUGCUGUCAAUCUUCAUAACAACGCCGCAGGCCGUCUGGCGGUAAAAGCAACUAUGAAAAGGAUCUGCAGAUGUCACGGCAUGUCGGAGAGCUGCGCGAUGCAGACGUGUUGGAUGCAGCUGGCCGAGUUCCGUGAGGUGGGCAAUUAUCUGAAAGUAAAGCACGACCAAGCGCACAAACUUGAGCUGGACAAACGACGCAUGCGUGCCGGCAACAGCGCUGACAACCGCGGGGGUGCGAUCGCGGACUCAUUCAGCAGUAUCGCGCGCUCUGAACUGAUCUAUUUGGAGGAUUCCCCUGAUUACUGUGCGAAAAAUUCCAGCCUUGGACUUCACGGCACAGAAGGCAGGGAGUGUUUGCAGAGUGGAAAGGAUCUUUCCCAGUGGGAAAGGCACAGCUGCAGAAGGCUGUGUCAUGAGUGCGGCCUGCGCGUGGAGGAGAUCCGUACCGAGAUAGUGAGCAGCUGCAACUGCAAGUUCCAUUGGUGUUGUACGGUGAAGUGCGAGAACUGUACGCAGGUUAUAAUAAAGUACGUUUGUGCACGCAAACAUAAUGGACAGGGACACAACAGACGUAGACUUCGAGGACCCAAAUGA